GUUGGGAGAGUGUACAAGAGAAGGGGUGACUGGAGGAGGGAAGGGUGUAGGGAACAGUAGCAGCCCCUGGAGCCUGGGUGUGGCGGGCUAUAGGCCCUAGUCCCAGCUUUACUCUACAGGGAGAACCCUCCUGCCCCAGAUGCUACCUCACCAGGAAAAUGGGCUUCAGGAAAGCAAAUGCGAUCCACAAAUUGAGGUCUGGGAAUGUGAUGGUGGAAACAGAAGGGGUUGGGAAUUCUGCAUAAAAUCCGAUGUCUUUGCCAGGUGAGCAGGGAACAGGAAAGGCAAGCCUACAUUCUGGAUUGCUUUGGAAGUCCCUGACCCAGCCAUGCCUGUGCCGCUGCUCCCGCUGCUGCUUCGAAUGCUGCUGUCUCGCCUGCUGCUGCCUGCAGCCCGCAUGGCCCGCCAGCACCUCUUGCCCCUGCUGCGUCAACUGGCCCGCCGCCUGGGCUCCCGGGACAUUCGAGAGGCUUUGCUGGGCUGUCUGUUGUUCGUCCUCAGCCAGAGACACCCACCAGAUGCUGGGGUGGCUUCCAGAGCAGCCAACCCUGAGAGGAGGGAGAGGCUAGCCCGGGAAAAAUGAGGCCACGAGUCCUGGUAGCAGUGGGAACCAAACACUUGCUUUGGGAGUAAGACAGUCCUGCCAACCUCACUGACGGAAGCCUGCCCAAUGGGCAUUAGAUGCGGUUCCGGGCUGAGCAUGAGCCGGGUCUGACCAAGACAUGCCUCCCGGCUCCAGCAGAAAUGACUGGAACCAUGCAGAAAACUGAACUUGACCUGUCCUCUCUGCAUUCAAGACCUUUCCUAAUCGCCUGGGGCUUCAGCAGGGAAAGGAACUGACUCUCCCAUCUCUCCCUUCCCCCAGACAAACGGCGACGUGAGGUCCCAUGAGGGACAAUCCUUACUUAACCUAGGAACAAUGGACAAUUUAGUGGAGAGGCAAGAUUAUAAUCCUGACUGUUUUCCAGACUCAGGAUUUACCUUAGAAGAACAAGCAUUGAUUCCCCCAGAGAAUCAGUCCUGCUCCCAAAGCCUAGCAUGCAGCAGGUGUUCAAUAAAUAUUUUCCACUUCCUGGAAUGCCUUUGAAAUUCUUGUCAUCCACACUCUUGCUUGCACUGCAAGGCAGUGUCACCUGGUCAGUGGGUAAGGGUGGGGAACAACUCCAGGCCUCCUCUGACCCCCAUUCUGUUGUCCCUGUCAGUGCUCAUCUCCUGGAGGUCGUUUCUGUUGUCUCACUCCAGUCAGCCACGCUGACCCUGCGGUCCCGGGCCUCUCUGGGAGGGCAUCUGGUUGUUCGGCUCACGGUAAGGAGGAAAACGACCCUGGCAGUGUCUGGAGACUCUUCUCAGCAAGUGGUGGUGGAAAGAGGGAGAUUUAUUAGCCCAGGGACCCUGAGGGCACCCCCUCAGGGGAGGGUGCAGAACUGUGAGUUCCUGCAGAGAUGGGGUGUGGGGGAUAGCCCGAAGAGUCUGCUGCUUCAUUUCCUCCUCUCCAAUGGGAGGCACUUCAAGGGUUGAAUAAGAGUUGUCAGAUGUAUUUGCAUUUCAACCUCCGGAUAAUUUGUUUAGGGUUCCCUAGCAACAGUCUUUCCUGCCUCCUU